ACGUGCGUUUCUAAAAAUAAUACAAGGCCAGAAUGGCGGAAUAUACAGACUUCAAAUUUCCAACAUCAAAUACAACAGCAGAUGCCAAUGCCCCACUUUCUUCAGCUUCCAUACCAAACUCAAAUGAACACUUCCCAUCACAAAACGUUAAUGUGCUUUCACGAACAGUGGAUAAGUGCACUUCAAACUGGACAUCACACACUCUUCACACUCUGCAGAUAGAGCCAGUCACAACAGAAGUUUACACUCCAAUGCAAUUGUUUUCGUUUACUUUCAGUGACAAUGCGAUAGAUAGUUCUGCAUCGAAAGAAACAAUUGACAAGUGUAAAAAUUUAAUUAUCAACUCAAGAUGCCCACUUCAUAAAUUAGACAUUGAUGACUUAGAAAAUUCAGAUACUUUUGAAAGUUUCAGAUUGCUGAUGGAUAAAUCUUUAAAUGGACAGUGGUCGCACAAGGUUGAUUUGUGGAAUAUUUCACCACAUACUUUUGCAGAUAAGCUAGACAAGCUCCAAACAAGAAUGUGUCAAAAAUUUCAAGUACAUGGAGAGUUAUUUGCACACCAGCUAAUAUUUAUGAAUAUGGCAAAAAAGAAAGCUUCACUCACAAAAGCAAUGUAUGGAAAGCUGUUUGAACUUUUUGCAGGUCUAUUUGGGUUAAACACUAUAACUGAGUCAGAUUCUCAUCCAAUACAAAUUGGUGAUACAGAUGUGACAUCAACAAGAGACAUUAUUUUUCCUGAUCUGGUCAACUCAGAUGAAAACAAUGAAGAUAUGAAUGUUAUUGCAUUGUGUAAGGUAACCAAUGAUUUUCAAACUGCACACGGUACAAAUGAAGUUGUUAAACCUGUGAAUUGUGGACAUAAAAGAAAGAGGUCUGAAGUAGGUGUAACACAUAUCUGUGACAUGCUGAUUGGUCAAAUUGGUGGAGACUUAUUAGCUAAUAUACCUCUGUCAAAGUAUAAUGGCAUCCUGGGAAUAAUUGUUCAGAAAACAUUUAUUACAUUUGUCCAAUUACGAUGUGAUCAAGUACAGUUUGAUAGAAUAAAGAAGAAAGAAACCAAUUUUGCUAGUAAACCAGUAAUAUUCUUCAGCAAACCAUACAAUUAUCUUAAAGCAAGUGACAGAAAUGAACUCAUAGAACCAUUGUUAAGACUUGCAUUUCUUCAGUUUAGUCGCUAACAGUGACAUUAGUUAUU